AUGUCCGCUGGAUCAGCAGCCCGCGGGGCCUUCUCAACCCUCUCCUCCAAUCUCUUCAUAACUCUACCCAUCCCUAGAACCAACCUCAAGGGCCAAACCUACAUCGUAACUGGAUCCAAUACCGGUCUUGGCUUUGAGGCCAGUCGGCACAUCAACAAGCUCGGUGCCGAGAAGCUGAUCAUGGCCGUUCGGAGUAUCAGCAAAGGCGAAACGGCUAGAGCCGAGAUCCUCAGAUCAACAGGCCGUGAGGAAAGUUCCAUUGAAGUAUGGGAGUUGGAUAUGGGCCGUCAUGAAUCGAUCAAGAAUUUUGCUGCUCGUGUUGCGACUACUCUUCCACGUAUAGAUGGCGUCCUUGCCAAUGCCGGGAUCAUGGUUGACAAAUUCAAACUCGUGGGAGACGACGAGAGUACUCUUUCAAUCAAUGUCGUGGGCACAUUUCUGCUCUUUGCACUGCUGGUCCCCAAAUUGCGCGAGUCAGCCGAAAGAUUCAACAUUGCGCCACGAUACACAAUCCCAAACUCUGCCUUGCAUUAUAUGGCUCCAUUGAAGGAAUUAGAAAACAACAUGGAUAUCUUCACCACCUUGAACGAUCCGCAAAAAGCCGAUAUGGCAGGACGAUAUCCCUUAUCAAAGCUAUUAGUCAUCUAUGCCUGUCGCGAACUCGCCGAAAAAAUCAAUGCGGACGGCAAAACAUCCUUGACAGCAAUCAUAAUCAACACACCCAAUCCUAGCUACUGCAAAUCAGCGCUUGCGCAAGGCACACAAGCCGGGAGAUCUACAGCGGGGAGAGUGAUGGAGAAGCUGUUGGCUCGGAGUACGGAAGAAGGGAGUCGUGCGUUGGUGCACGGGGUCGUUUCGGGGGUGCAGACGAAUGGGGAGUAUUUGACUAAUUGUCAUGUUGAGUGUCCGUCGUCGUCUGUGACCAGUGCGAAAGGAGUGCGGAUACAGAAGCAGUUUGUCGGCGUGUUGGUUGAUAAGUUGGUGAGGAUCGCGCCGGAGGUUUCUUCGUAUCUCAAGUGA